AUGGGUACCCCCAUGCCAAAGUCUCCCCAUUCCCCCCAUUCGGCGCCGUCGUCUCAUUCUCCCGAGGCUAGCGAGAGCAGCUUGUAUUCGCACACCAAUCCUCAAGCUCACAAUUAUGGCCUAGAAGAAAAGUCCGAACAGGCCGAAAGCCAACAAUCGCUCCUCUACCGAAACCAACCGAGUCCUUUUAAUGCUCCCUUCGACGAUCCGUAUGCCUCGACGGAUUCUUUGCGGCGCUAUACUCUCCAAGACCCUGGUGUGGCCAUCUUUCCAGAGGGGCCGUACCAGGAAUCCUCGGGCACGUUCAACCGUCGCUCGGGGAUUCAGUCCCCCAUGUCCGAGACACCCUCGGAGGCCUGGCAGAAUCGCCAGGUCCCCGGCUCCGGUCUUCGACGCUACGCAACCCGUAAAAUCAAGCUGGUGCAGGGCUCCGUGCUGAGCGUGGACUACCCGGUGCCGAGUGCGAUUCAAAAUGCCAUCCAAAAAGAGUAUCGGGAAUCCGAAGAGGGCUUCCCGGAAGAGUUUACCCAUCUGCGCUACACGGCCGCUACGGUCGACCCUGAUGAGUUCACGCUGCGAAACGGAUAUAAUUUGCGACCGGCCAUGUACAACCGACACACGGAAUUGCUCAUUGCCAUCACCUAUUACAACGAAGACAAAGUGCUCACCGCGCGAACUCUGCAUGGUAUCAUGCAGAACAUUCGGGACAUUGUCAACCUGAAGAAGUCGGAGUUCUGGAACAAGGGUGGACCGGCGUGGCAGAAGAUCGUGGUUACUAUGGUUUUCGACGGUAUCGACCCCUGCGACAAAAAUACCCUCGAUUUACUGGCAACCGUUGGUAUCUAUCAGGAUGGCAUCAUGAAGCGGUCUGUGGACGGCAAGGAAACUGUCGCGCAUAUUUUCGAGUACACCACCCAGCUCUCCGUCACCGCGAGUCAGCAAUUGAUUCGGCCCCAAGGCACCGAGUCGACAAACCUCCCGCCUGUUCAGAUGAUUUUCUGCCUAAAGCAGAAGAACAGUAAAAAGAUCAACUCCCACCGCUGGCUGUUCAACGGCUUCUGCCGUAUCUUAAAUCCGGAGGUGGUGAUUCUGAUCGAUGCCGGUACGAAACCCGGCAAAAAGUCUCUUCUUGCCCUGUGGGAAUCGUUCUACAAUGACAAAAACCUUGGCGGGUCUUGUGGUGAGAUUCACGCCAUGUUAGGUAAAGGCUGGAAGAAUCUGAUGAACCCUCUCGUUGCUGCUCAGAACUUCGAGUAUAAGAUCUCGAAUAUUCUCGAUAAACCGCUAGAGAGUGCUUUCGGAUACGUGAGUGUAUUGCCUGGUGCUUUCUCGGCUUAUCGCUACCGUGCGAUUAUGGGCCGGCCUCUGGAGCAGUACUUCCACGGUGACCACACCCUCUCGAAGCAGCUCGGCAAGAAGGGUAUCGAGGGCAUGAACAUUUUCAAGAAGAACAUGUUCCUUGCCGAAGAUCGAAUCCUGUGUUUCGAACUAGUGGCAAAGGCUGGUUUCAAGUGGCACUUAACCUACGUCAAGGCGUCUAAGGGUGAGACUGAUGUCCCCGAAGGCGCUGCGGAGUUUAUCGGCCAGCGACGACGAUGGCUCAACGGUUCGUUUGCUGCCAGUUUGUAUGCCAUGAUGCACUUUACUCGGAUCUAUAAGAGUGGGCAUAAUAUCAUUCGUCUGAUGUUCCUCCACGUGCAAAUGUUGUACAACUUUGCCGGUCUUGUCAUGACCUGGUUCUCUCUCGCUUCGUUCUGGCUCACAACCACCGUUAUUAUGGAUCUUGUGGGAACUCCUAGUGCGGCUAACAAAGAUAAGGGCUGGCCCUUUGGUAACGAUGCCUCCCCCAUUGUCAACAACUUCUUGAAGUACGGAUACGUCUUCUUCCUGAUGCUUCAGUUCAUUCUCGCCCUUGGAAACAGACCGAAGGGUUCCCGCCUGUUUUACACGCUUUCUUUCCUCUAUUUCUCCAUCGUUCAGGCCUACAUUCUCGUCCUCUCGUUCUACCUUGUGAAGAACGCCUUUACCGGAGGUACUCUGGAUUUCUCCAUGAGUGAUGGUAUCGGCGCGUUCCUCAAAUCCUUCUUUAGUUCGUCUGGCGCCGGUAUCGUCCUGAUCGCCUUGGUGUCGACCUACGGUGUCUACUUCCUGGCGAGUUUCCUGUAUAUGGAUCCCUGGCACAUGUUCACCUCGUCCUGGGCCUACUUCUGUGGAAUGACCUGCUCGAUCAACGUUCUGAUGGUGUACGCUUUCUGCAACUGGCACGAUGUCUCGUGGGGAACGAAGGGGUCCGACAAGAGUGAGGCCCUGCCCGAAGCUCAAACGAAGAAGGAAGAUGGAAAGUCAAACUUCAUCGAGGAAGUCGACAAGCCACAGGCCGACAUUGAUAGCCAAUUCGAGUCGACGGUCAAGCGCGCGCUGGCGCCGUUUGUGGAGCCGGAGGAAGAGGACGAAAGGAGCAUGGACGACGCAUACAAGGCGUUCCGAACCAACCUGGUCCUGAUCUGGAUCUUCAGUAACUUGAUCUUGGUGCUGUGCAUCACCAGCGAAGGCAUCACACGAUUCUGUCUGACGAACACUUCGACGACUCGGACAGCGGGCUACUUCGAGGCCAUUCUGUGGACCACUGCCGGCCUCUCGAUCUUCCGCUUCUUUGGAUCCAUGUGGUUCCUGGGCAAGUCGGGCAUUUUGUGCUGCGUGUCUCGGCGCUAA